GAACACGGUAUAUUUCAAAAUCCAACGGCCCAAGUUAAUUUCCUUAAAACGUCAUCGUUUAGGCUUUUUAAACAAUGAACGAAUUGAGAGGUCUCGUCAAACUGUCCUAUUCAAUCGCUUCCCGCCUUUCAUUCUCCGUUCAACCCCCUCACUUCGUCUCAUAUAUUUAUAUCAAAACAUUUAAAAAAGAAGAAAAAGAAAAAGAACCUUUAAUUUUCAUUUUUUGAACGCAUAGCCAAAGCCAAACGAUGCCGUAUUACACAUCUCCAGCUGAGGAUGAACCCGACGAGUUUGACGAGCAUAAUCCAACGCCGUACCGUGGUGGGUUCGACCUCUUCGUGACUUACGGACAACCAUUGGAACCCAGUGAAGAGACUUGUUACCCUUCGUCCACACCGUCUGACGGAAAUUUAGAUUAUGAGUGUCCGCAUUUCUCUUCCGGAAGCUACCCUUAUGGUCAUGAUCGACAUGGACAAUCUAAACCCUAUUCUAGUGCUCAUGAUGAUGAUGGAUAUGGAGAUCAACAUGGGUCUCAUCAUCACGGAAGGAAGCCUGAACAUGAUUCUGGAUAUGGUAGGAAAUCGGGGCACAGGGAACAUGGAUCCGAAUAUGGGAGGAAAUCUUCAGGGUAUGGAGACUCCGAAUCCGAAUACGGAUCUGGGUACGGUAAAAAGCAAAGCCAUGGAAGUGGGAGGAAAUCGGAUGAUGAAGAUGAAGGGUAUAAGAAAUCUAGUUAUAGGAAAUCGAGUUAUGAUAGAUCAGAUGAAAGAGAAGAAGGAUAUGGAGGUGGGAGGAAAUCGGAUGAUGAAGAUGAAGGGUAUAAGAAGUCGAGUUAUAGAAGAAAUGAUGACAAUGAUUCAGAUGAUGAAAGGAGGAGCCAUGGGCGCAGAAAACACGGUAAGAAAAGUGAAGAUGAAGAUGAUGAAGAUGAUGAUGAUGAGGGAAAGAAGCACCGCCGGCACCGUCGGCACCGUGAUUACGACGAGGAUUAAUCGGAAUGAUGUCUCAGUGCAUAAAUGGAGUACC